AUGUAUCAGAUGCCAGGCUGGGCAAGCCCCAAGCAUACCAGAUCAUUCAUCCUGACGGGCGGACUAAUGACCAUGGAGCGCUCUCCGCCGGAGUGCUUCAUGGCGGGUAUCGGGGAAGGGAUGAAUGAUCGUGGCGUACCAUGUGGUAAGGAAACUGAGGGAAACGAUCUCCUUCUGCUUCUGGAUGGUCAUGUUCAAGAUCGCUGCACGCUAAUAGGACCGACGAGCGGCACAAAACACUGCCUUUACCAUGGAACACAAUACGAUCAUACAUACCGCUCGUAUCUAGGAGGUCGGCUUCCUUCGCAUAUCGAGACCCUCCUUCUCAUCUUAUUUGCGCACGUCCACCUCGAGUACGAAGAUGAGCAUGGAACCGCCUCCUUGGGAGCCUCAGGAAGAAGCAGUCAGGCUUCCAGAAGAGACACCUCGGCGUCCGAGCGUCUCCAGGCUUCUACUUUGAAUUAUGGGGUGGGGUUGGUGCAAUGCGACGGCGAAUGUGGGGAGCCUUAUGAUCCGGCGAGUGGGAAAACAAUUGAGCUGCGUCUGGAAUGCUCUGCUGGUGGAAUGAUGAUAAUGGAUGACCGGUAUCAGACCACAAAUAAGCCCGGAACAGCACCAGAAGGCAUGGCCGAUAUCCACGGUUACUGCAAGGGAGUUCUCACUACGUAUCUACUAGCUGCGUAUAAUAUGCAGGCGAGAGAUUUCGUCCAUCCAUCCAGAAAAUAUCCAGACUCUGGCGGGGUUAAUUAUCCGGCGGGCAACACCGUUCCGUUUGAUCUCGACGCUAGUUUACUAUCGCCUAAAAGAGACAAGAGCUCGCAUAUGGGAGAUUUACAGGACUGCGCAAAGGCUUCUGCAUCCCCGGCUGCUCUAACCAGGAUCGACUGGACUAGGAAAGAAGCCAGCCCCAAGGGGUUCCAGGGCGCCACUUCAACGCACCUUCACAAUCCUGAACAGGACGCGACCUGGUCAGCGGAACAGGCGCCAAACGGUUUUAACCCCCCAUGGGCGGUGUGGCCGAACUCUCCCAUGGUCUUCAAACCAGCCAAUGAAUUGUAUCGAGCCUGUCCGCCAUGGCGCCAUCUCAAGCGGUGA